CCCUUGAAGCUUGUUUGAGAUAUCGAGAGAGGUCUUCGACGUUUUCGCAGUAACCGAACCACCGAACCCUAGAUUUUCUUUCCCUUGAAUCGUGACGAUGGAGUUCUCUGCCGCCGACUUUGAAAGGCUUCUCAUGUUCGAACAUUCUCGCAAAGCUUCUGAGGCUCAGUACAUUAACGAUCCUCUUGAUUCCGAUAAUCUGCUGAAAUGGGGAGGAGCAUUGCUUGAACUUUCUCAGUUCCAGAGCAUUCCUGAUGCAAAACUUAUGUUAAAUGAUGCUAUAUCCAAGCUGGAAGAGGCGUUGACAUUAAAUCCAGGGAAGCAUCAGGCUCUUUGGUUUCUUGGGAACGCCCACACUUCCUAUGCAUUUCUUGUUCCAGAUGUUGAUGAAGCAAAAUUGCACUUAGAUAAAGCCACUGAAUAUUACCAAAGAGCGGAAAAUGAGGAUCCAGGCAAUGAGAUAUAUCUUAAGGCCUUGGAAGUCGCAGCAAAGGCCCCGGAACUGCAUAUGGAGUUUACCAAAGGAAUGGCACAACAAGCCCUAGUUGGUGGAGGGGGUCCUUCACCUUCAUCGAAUGUUAGUAGUGGCAAGAAGAAGAAGAAGAACAAUGACUUCACUUAUGAUGUAUGUGGUUGGAUAAUCCUCGCUUUUGGGAUUGUUGCUUGGGUUGGUAUGGCAAAAUCCAGUGGCCCUCCACCUCCUGCUAGAUAAAGCCUUAAGCCAGAUUAGUGAUGGGCAUUCCAUAAGAAUUAAUGCGCACACGCACACACAAACUCCUAGUAACGACUCCCAAACAGAGAUGUACUAAGUUGAAGAGCAACCGUUUGUGGCUAUGGUACCAACAAAUUGAUUUGAUUACUUUAUUAGUAGGAUGUUUUGUCUCUUCAUGUUUCGUUCUUUUUAUCUUUGGAUUAAGAUAAAUUCUGUUACCAUUAUCUUAGGCUCUUAGCUAUGCUGUGAUGGGUUUUGUUUGCUGGCACCAUAUCUAUGAGUUUAUUAUUCACAGAAAUACUACUUUUAACUUCCUGUAAGAAUCACACUACGGUAGGGAAAAUAUUCCCGUUGCAAUUCUGUGUUAUCUACUAUUUUUGUAACA